AUGCUUCCAUAUGCGUCGAUUGUCCUUCAAAGAUACUACAAGGUUACAGGAUGGAACGAGGACAAUCUGUAUUCGAAUCUGACGCGUGCUUCUACCUCCAUCUUGGACUUCAGUGUCCCUCGAGGAUUACAUUUCCACAUUUCCAAAUCCCCAAAUCCUUGGUUUAAGACGACAUAUUCGAUGAACGCUCUUCCAUCCUUGAAUGGUUCCAUAGGAUACAUUUUCACCUCGUGCGACUUGGAUGUGAAAGGCUCGGCUGAUCUGCGGUUGAAGGAUGUUGUUGAGCGAUUCAGAAUUUAUGACGUGCCUAGGAGGCCCGAGGGCAAGCCCGAACAGUGGCUAGGCGGGGAGAGGCGAGCAGAUUUCUUGCUGUAUGGCCGAUACUACAUACCCAGUUCACGUUUAGAUGCUCUCUACUCCACCAGGCUAUCCGCGCAGACGCAGGCUCUCAUCUCCGUUAUUUCUGACCCCUCUACGGCUCUAUACGCUCGAGGGUCCAAGGGAGGAACCAGCUUGAUUGGAGCAAAUAAUGUGAUGUUCAAUCUGCAACGCGACACGGGCCGGUGGAGCACUGAAUAUUCCUGGAGUGCGGAUGAUGGAAUGCUUGGAGCGAGAGCUUUAUAUAACUUUGGUGCGCUGGGUGAUGAGGAAGAUACGAGGGAACGCAAUGUGCGGAGUCGACGUGUAGACGAGGAAGAAGCUAUGGAGGGUGGACUAAGAGGUCGAUUCUCAGCCGGUGCAGAGGUGUACUUUAGUGCCAAAGAGAAAAGUGCAGGAGUUUCCACUGGGUUGCGAUUUACGACACUCCCUGAACCUUCGUCCUCAGAUCCCAACGUUUACGACCCCAUCCAACCCCCAACUGCACUUACGGCCAUUUUUAAUCCUAUGAUGGGUCACAUUUCGAGCGCUUACACCGCCCGUGUUUCGCGUGACCUCUCAUUAUGUUCGCGCUUUGACUUCAACGUUUACAGCUAUGAGAGUGAGUGGACUAUGGGCGCAGAAUGGUGGAUCCGAAAAAGGAUCCGAAAAUCAAACGGCUCCGACAAGGCGCUAGAUGUUGCACUCCUGCGCCUCAUAGGGGAGGCGAGUCAAAUACGUGGAGUGGUCAAAGCAAGGAUGUCCACUAGUUCGGAUGUCUCACUCAUGUGGGAAGGUCGGCUCGGGAAGACUCUAGUCAGCCUCGGUGUAGUCUCCGAUUUCUCAAAUCGAUCGAAACCUAUCCGAGCCAUUGGCUUGGAGCUCUCUUACUUCAGUUCAGAAUAG